AUGAACAAGAUGCCUUCUUACUACGAAGAAUACACUCUCGUUGACGAACUUAAUACUGCAGAUGUUACAGAACUGAGCUCGAUUGACAAUUUGGAAAUCGAAAAUUCAACAGAAAUAGGAAUAAUCAAUUCAGUCCCAGUGGAUUUUCAAAGUAACGCUGAAAAUACCACUUCUGCUGCUUCUUACAGUGCUUUAACUACAGAAAAUAAAUCAUCAAAAGAUACAAUUGCAGAUGUUGCAGCACCAUUUUGUACCAACAGUUAUGAUGAGUUCAUCAAUGAACUAAACCAUAUUGAAGUAGAUGGAGGUGGUGAUUGUCCAGAACUGUCAUUGACUGGUUUGAAGUCAACUUUAGAAGUAGUUAGACCAAAAUCAUUUAUUUUUGUUAUAACUGACGCUGAUGCAAAGGAUUAUUAUUCUGAAGAAGACAUUCAGCUAUUAAUUAUGAGAAAAUCUCCAUUUAUGCUGGAUAGUCUUACUGAAGACUUUCUUCAGCACGGUUUAACUUCUCUUAAACGGGUUUCUUCAAAUAAGCCUGCUCAUGUUCCUUAUCCAGUAGCUAUUCCUGUGGAUCCUGGAAUCAAAGAAGUUAUUUUUGCGGUCAGUGGUUCUAAACCAAAAUUAGAUAUAACAGAUCCAAAAGGUGACAAGCCUCCUGGAGCACCUAAAGAAUUUCCCAAGUAUAUAAGUGUAACUUAUAAAGAGCCAAUAGCAGGUGUCUGGAAUGCAACAGUCGGCAGCUCUUCAGGUCAUUCCUUUUCUUCAUAUGGUAUUAGUAAAAUAAAAAUCACGAAUGGUUUUUCAGUUACACCAACAAAAAAAUUGUCUGAAACUUCCCAUAGACCACUAAAAAGUGCUGAGAAUUAUCUGCUCAUAGAAGCCUCUAACCCAGAAUUAGUCAAAAAUAUUACACAUGUGGAUCUAGUAGAUUUAAAUGGAAAGGUUUUGGGCACUAUACCUUUAAAAAAAGAUGAUACCACAAACACACUUUAUUACAGUGGACCCUUUUUACCUCCUGAUAAACUUUUUAAUAUGGAGAUAAAUGGCUUUGCUUCAGAUGGUUUCCCUUUGAAAAGGAUUUCACCUAAUGCGUUUCUACCUCAACUUCCAGGGACAAUUUCUAAGUGGACUGAAAUAUAUAAUUCAACCAAUAUUCAGAGUAUUGAUAAAGGUCUUAUAAUCCAGAACCCGAAUGCCACCGAUGAAGGAUGGUAUCAGUGUACUGCUUCAAGUUUAGGAGGUAACUCUGAUGGAUCUACCUACCUGAAAUUAAGUUUGCCACCAUCAAUUGAAAUAUCAGGUUUAAGAAAGUUUUACGAACAUUUUAAUCUAACCCUUACUUGCUCAGCUAUUAGAGGAAUACCUGUCCCACAGCUGAAAUGGAAAAAAAAUGGGAAAGAGUUAAAUGUAGAUACCCAAGAAUUGCAGUUAGUCUACGAAGAAAAACCUAAAGCAAUUGCAAAUGUGAAGGCAUGUGACACGAUAUACGGAAGUAAUUGUACCUUGAAAUGCACAAUUUCUGGAAUACCAGUACCAGAUCUGAUUUGGAAAAAAGAUGGCAAGAUAAUAAGCUCAAUUUCUUCUCCAAACAUUCGCAUAUUACAUGACAAAAGUUUAUUAAUAUACAAUGCUGAGUUAUCAGACAAAGGAGUUUACACCUGUGCUGCUCAAAGCAGUAUUGGGUACAGUGAAGAUUCAAUUAUUGUAUCAGUUAUAGGGGUUUAUCCUAAGAUCAUAGAAGCCCCAGUUAAUAUACCAAUUGAAAUAGGAGAAAAUGGUCGACUGAGCUGCGUUGCUCUUGGAACUCCUCAACCAAAAAUCGUUUGGAAAAAGAAAAAUGAAUUAUUGAACAAAGAUGAUGGGAAAGAAAACAUUCUUGAAAUCAAUAAUGCUUCCCUUUCUGAUGCUGGUUUAUAUACAUGCAUCGCAGAGAAUAUUUUAGGUCAAGCAGAAUCAGAAGCAUUGGUCAGCAUUACAGGUGGUGUUGUUCCGAUUUUGAAUAAAGAUAAAGACCUCGAAGUAAAAAAAGUUUUAAUUGGAGAUAAAGUUGAACUUCAGUGUCUCACUUUAGGCGGAAAACCUAUGCCUAUAAAAGAAUGGUAUAAAGAUGGAAUUUUGCUGUCUAAACAACCAACAACUGGAAUAAAAUUGGAAAAUGGAUCAUAUUUUAUGAGUUCUGUUAGUCCUUUGGAUACUGGUUUGUAUGAAUGCCUAGCAAAAAAUGAAAUAGGUUCUGAUUUUAAGAAAAUUGACCUUAAAUUUUAUGAACCACCAUCUAUCGAUUUGAACAGUUCUUCUAAUAUAUUUGCAACUUUUGGAAAACGUGCCAAAAUCCUUUGUAAUGUGUACGGAGACCCCCCACCAAAUGUUACUUGGAAGAGAUCUUUUUUUUCCAAUAAGACAAUGAGAAGCAUUCAUUCAGACGAUAUGAAUGCUUUAGUUUUUGAUACAGUCUCGGAAGAAGACAGUGGAAGAUACAUUUGUGAAGCUGAAAAUAUAGCUGGCGUUGCUAGACGAACUUUUAGUCUUUCUAUAAUGAUUCCACCCAGUAUUAUUCCAUGGCCUAAUGAAACUUUUGUUGAAGCUGGAAAUAUUGUAACUUUAGAGUGCCGAGUUCGAGCUAUUCCACGACCUUCAUUUCAUUUUUUAAAAAACAAUGUUACCAUUCCAAGAAGUAAAUCUUAUGGCCAAUUUGUGAGGUUUUUAGCUGAACCGUCUGAUUCAGGGACUUAUAUUUGUAUUGCUGAAAAUAAAGUGGGUAAGGACAAAGUUGAAACUAACCUCAUUGUUUUAGCACCACCUAAGAUAGUGCCAUGGACAGAACCCAAGAAAGUAAUCAUUGGUGAAAUUGUCAAUAUUACCUGUCAAACUUUUGCCUAUCCUGAAGCAAGUGUUUCAUGGUUCAAAGACAAAGAACCACUUCCUUUAAAUUUCAUAAAAGAUAAAAAAACUUUAGGAUUUAUUGUACAAAGACAUAAUCAAGGGAUUUAUACCUGUGAGGCAAGAAAUGAAGCUGGAAUGGAUUCUAAGGAUUUUCCAUUAGUGAUAUUAGAUCCUCCAAGUUUUGCUAAACACCUUCCAUUCUCAUUCAAUGUUCUGAAAGGAGAGAAUAUUGAAAUUCCUUGCACUGCCUUUGGUGAUCCAAAACCUGUCAUGGGAUGGAAAAGAAAUGAAAUGAUUGUGGCUGAUCAUAGCAGAAGGACUAUUGAUACAGAAUCAGGCCAACUGACUAUUUCAAAUGCUGAUGCUGAAGACGAUGGGUACUAUAAUUGUACUGCUGAAAAUCAGGCAGGCAAGGUUUGGAGAACAGUAGAGGUUAAUGUUCUAGAACUACCUACUGCCUCACUUACUGUCAGUAGUCGUAUGAUAAAAGAAGGCGAUGAAGUAGAGUUCACUUGUAAUGUAACUGGGAAGCCUAGACCAAAGAUAUACUGGAAGAAAGAUGGUAGAAUUUUAUUCUCUGAUAAUGAUUCCAAACUGAGACUGAAAGUACAGUACAAGGAUCGUGGUAAUUAUACUUGUAUUGUGAAAAAUACAGCAGGAGAAAGCUCUGCAAGUAUUCCUAUUGAUGUUUCUGUUCCACCAAAGAUACACAAUGACAAACAUGAGGAUAUUACACUCCUGAAAGGUAAUAGUAUUGCCAUUGGUUGCCCUUCUUAUGGAAUCCCAGAACCUGACAUUUUGUGGUUUUUCAAUGAGACCCAACUUGGAGAACUAAAUUCUCAUUUAUUCAAAGUAAAAGGUGAAAUUUUGGAACUGAACAAUGUGACUACAGAACAUACUGGAACUUACACAUGCGUAGCUAAGAAUUUUGCUGGUUGGGUUGAUAAAAAGUUUACCCUACAUGUUCAUGAUAAUAAACAGAGCAUGAAAGAAGGUAUUAAAGAAUUUGAAAUAGUUGAGGGAGCAAGUGGGAUUCUGAAGUGUGAUGCUAAACCAGGAUCAAAAGUCAUUUGGCUGAAGGACAAUAAAACACUGAGCAACAUGCCCUUAGAACGAGCAGAUGAUGUACAUUUUGUGAUUGGAAACAGAGGAAAAACUUUAAAAAUUACUGAAGCAUUUGCAGAAGAUGCAGGAUUAUACUCUUGUAUUGGAAUCCAUCCUGAUGGGAAUAGUACAAGUUACUUCUCAUUAAAUGUGAAAUUUGCUCCAUAUUUUUGGGAUGAUACCCUAAUUUUUGAAUAUCAAGUGAAAGAAAACAAAUCUAUUACACUUGAGUGUGCACCCAAUGGGAGUCCUCCACCACAGGUAAAUUGGAGACUUGCAGAAAGUAAUUUGCCAAUAACAGUCCAUACAUCACCUCUUAUUAAAAUUUACGGAGACAAUGAUAACACUUUGCUUAUCAAGUCAGCAAAACUUUUCCAUUCUGCCUUGUAUUUGUGUUCAGCUAGCAAUGAUUUGGGAACAGUAAACCGCUACUUUAACAUUAAAGUUAUAAGUUUGUAA